AUGUGGACUUGGUCAUAUGGGCCUGCCACAAUAAAGCACACUUUAAAUAAUAUUGGGCUUUCAACCCAAAACAAUGUUUGUCAUCAUAACUUAACCCAAAAUCAAACUAGACUCAACAGGAAAAUUGUCAAGAAGUGUAAGGGGUUACCUUUGACUGUGAAGACACUUGGGGGUUUAUUACGCAGUAAGUAUCAUGAAGAGGAUUGGAAGAAUGUAUUGGAAAGUGAAAUUUGGGAACUUUCAGAAGAUGACAGCAAAAUUGUUCCUACAUUAAGAGUUAGUUAUCACUAUCUCCCUUCACAUUUAAAGCGGUGUUUUGUGUGUUGUUCAUUGUUUCCAGAAGAUUAUCUUUUUGACAAAGACGAAUUAAUUUUGCUAUGGAUGGCUGAAGGCCUUUUACAACCAAUAGGAAAAAGCACUUUAGAAAAAAUUGGUUGUGCAUAUUUUAAUGAAUUAGUUGCAAGAUCAUUUUUUCAACCUUCUAAUACUAAUGGUAGCUUAUUUGUAAUGCACGAUCUUAUACAUGAUCUAGCAACAGUUUUUGCUGGAGAAUUCUAUUUCAGUGCCAAAAACCAUGGCAAUGCACCCGAGAUCAGCAUCAAAACUCGUCACUUGUCAUAUAUUGCAAAACCUUGGCAUCCAAUCUCAAAACUUCCAGAAGUUGGCAAUGGAGCAACACAUAUGAGAUCAUUUCUAUCUAUUUGCUUGUUUGUGGAUUAUCCAUUAACAAGGAUAAAAUGCGAUUCUGGGCAUUUUCUGCUACAUUUGAGGUUUUUAAGAGUGUUGUCAUUUAAAUGUUUUACUCUUAAAUCAUUGUCUGAUUCAAUAGGUGAAUUGUUCCAUCUGCAUUAUUUGGAUCUCUCGUUUACCCUUGUUGUAACUUUGCCGGAAUCAUUGUGUAAAUUAUACAAUCUACAAACGUUGAAGUUGAGGAAUUGUAUUAAGCUAAAGAUGCUUCCUAGCCGCAUGCAUGAUCUUGUUAACCUGCGCCACCUUGACAUUGAAGGAGCUUCUUGUUUGAAAGAGAUGCCGAAAGGAUUCAGCAAAUUAAAAAAUCUGAACUUCCUAAAUCAUUAUAUUGUUGGCAAGCAUGAAGAGAAUGGGAUCAGAGAAUUGGGAACACUAGACAGCCUUCAAGGGUCGCUUUGCAUUGCCAAGUUAGAGAAUAUCAACAACAGUUCUGAAGCAUUGGAGGCAAAGAUGGGUAAUAAGAAGCACAUCAACAUUUUAACAUUUAAAUGGCUUCCAGGGAGUGAUAUUGUUGAUUUUCAAACUUCAAGAGAUAUAUUCAACAAAUUACAACCACAUGGAGACUUGAAUGAGCUAUCAAUUGUGGGUUAUAGAGGUGAAACAUUUCCAGAUUGGUUAAGCCUUGGCUGUUUUUCUUAUGGAAAUAUGACUAAACUGAGUCUGAGUCGUUGUACAAAUUGUCGUCAGCUUCCUUCAUUGGGACAACUAUCCUCUCUGAAGCAUCUGGAGAUUUCUGAAUUAGAUGUGAUCCGUCACCUUAUAACUCAGUCUUUAUUAUGCAUUAUGAGUUAUAACUCGGCGUUACCUAUCAUUCAUUCUUUUGCUUGUAACUGA